AUGGGCGCGCAGGUUCCUGAACGGCAGCAGCGCGGGGAGAGCGGCUGCUGCAACCCCCGCAGCGGCGGGAGCAGUCCGACACGUGGACCGGAGUCCCCAGCCGACGUCGGCGAUGAGGCGGCCGGGGGCGGCAUCCUCCCCGUGACAGAGUCCUCGGCUUUGCUGGGGCGCGGCGGCGGAGACGACCCCGAGACGGGCGAGCAGAAAAAGGGCGGCCGCGACUGGGACGACCUCCCCGCCGUGGGCGACGCCAGCUGGGCGCGCGAGAUGAAGGUGGUGCUCCGGAGCUCGCCGCCCCUCAUUGUCACCUUUUUCCUGCAGUUUUCCAUCAACGCCACGAGCGUGUUUGCCGUCGGCCGGCUGGGCAAGCAGCAGCUGGGCGCGGUAGCCUUGGCCAACAUGACGGCGGCCAUGACCUGCCUCGCGCCCUUCAUCGGCCUCGCCACCAGCCUGGACACGCUGUGCGCGCAGGCGUACGGCGACGGGCGCAAGCACCUCGUGGGGCUGCAGUGCCAGCGGUGCUUCUGGUUCCUGUGCUGCGCGGCGGUGCCGGUGGCGGUCCUGUGGCUCAACUCGGAGAUGAUCCUGGUGCGCAUCGUGGACGCGGAGACGGCGCGGCUGGCGAGCCUCUACCUGCGCAUCAUGAUCCUGACGAUUCCGUCGUACAUUGUGUUUGAGACGGGCAAGCGCAUUCUGCAGGCGCAGGGCCUGUUCCGGGAGACGUCGUACAUCAUCCUGGUGGUGGCGCCGACCAACGUUUUUGUCAACUGGCUGCUGGUGUGGCGGCUCGGGCUCGGGUUCGUCGGGGCGCCGAUUGGCGUCGUCGUCUCGCGCAACCUGCUCGCGCUGCUGCUCGUGCUCUACAUCAGGUUCGUCAACGGCUCCCAGUGCUGGGGCGGCUUCGACCGCAGGGCCUUUGUCAACUGGGGCAUCAUGGUCCGCCUGGCCCUGCCGGGCAUGGUCAUGGUGCUCGCCGAGUGGUUCGCGUUUGAGCUCAUCACCCUCCUGUCCAGUCGCUUUGGCACCGACUAUCUGGCGGCGCAGAGCGCCAUCUUCACCAUCAUCACGCUGCUGUACCAGAUUCCCUUUUCCGUCUCCGUGGCGUCGUCCACCCGCAUCGCUGGGUUGAUUGGGGGUGGUGUCGUUGACUCGGCCAAGGUGGCUUCUCGGGUGGCGGUACUUGUUUCACUCGUCAUCAGCAGCUUCAACAUUGCUACAUGCAUUACUUUCCGGUGGUACAUACCUCUGUUACUCACCAGCGACGAUGCAGUCAUUGCGAUUGUCGCAACGGCCUUGCCCGUGGUAUCGAUCGCGUUGUUCUGGGACGGUAUUAGUGCGGGUGCGCAUGGCAUCCUCCGCGGUAUUGGUAAACAGUCCAUCGGCGGACCAGCCAACAUUUUCGGUCAUUACGUGAUUGCAUUGCCUCUUUCACUAACCUUGGCCUUUUAUUUCGACUGGAAGAUCAAGGGCAUGUGGACAGGCAUCACUGGCGGUCUCAUCGUUGUUUCCAUCAUUGAGUACUUUUACAUUUUAAAGGUUGACUGGCAAAAGGUGGCGACAGAGGCGCGCUCCCGCAACGCCUUGGGAUAG